GGAUUCGAUCCACACAUUAGGGUGCGUAUCUCGUACUUGAAGGCCCAGAGAAUGACUGGUUGCUGAGAACAAGCUUCCCAAAAAUGGCAUGCGCGAAAUCCCUAAAAACGCGUAAUCUUUUGUCAAGCGGAGGUAGCUACCGUAUGAAGAAGUAAGAAGUACUGUACUCUAGUACGUAUUUACCUACUGUACGAAGUAUUUCGUACGAAGAGUAAGAGGAAGCAUGCAUGGCUGUUCAUUUGUGCAUGCGUGUUUCUACGUGGUACAAAUCCCUACAUUGAAUUGUUGACGUUGUGCCACAAUAAAAAAAAAUAGUAUCUUUCGUGUCGUGUGUCACGUAAACAGCAUGAAAAUCAACAGCAGAAACAACGACAUCAGUAACAAUGCAAAAGAAGAACGAGUCGAAUAAAGUUCGGGCAGCGAGCGACACCGAAAUUUAGAUGAUACUGCUGUGCGAGGAUGGACAGAUCGCAAACCAGGUAGUAAAUAGAACCGCUCUGUAACAUAAAAGCGACAAGAAUUGCGACGACAAGCUCGGAAUACUGCAUCAAACCAGGUAGUAAAGAGAUAUUCUGAAGAGAGAUGGCKGAGGAAUCAUCAUCAUCAUCAUCGGCAGGGGAAGCCAUUAGGGAAGCGGCACUUUCUGCAGAAAAUGCAGUCGAAAAGUGCACUGCUAAUGUUGCUAUCGAAGUGCCCCCUGCAGCAAAUGCAGCUGAAGGAGCACCUGCUGCCRAUGUAUCGGCAGGAGAAAAAAGAAAWCUAGACGAAGGGGAUGGGGAAGAUGUGGUCGACACACCAUCGACCAGUAUUAAAGAGGUGAGSACUGAUGACGCCCCCGAGAACAAACCGAAAAAAGCAAAGAUCAGUAUGCCCCCUCCGGUCUCCUCUUCCCUAACGGACGUAGAAAAAUACACCCUUGAAUGCCCACCGCCCUCCGACAAUACCAACGAGGCAGACGCCAAAACCAAAAUCACAACCCCAAAUUUGAUGCUCUUUGGAUUGCAUCCUCUCAUCCAAGAAUUGCCACUACAAAAGUUUCUUGAAGACUAUGGGAAGGUCCUAGCGAUUACAGUACGCUCUGCAUUUGCCUCUCGUUAUGGGCAUGUUACAUUUGAAACGGUGGAAGAAGCCCGAAAAUGUUAUACAUCGAUAMACGGCGCCAAACURCUGCACAAGGCCUUUUUGGUACAGCCGUCCAUGGCAUCGGCGGCGCCAAAAGCCUCGACCUCGAUGGAUUCAAAAUCUAAGGAAAGCAAAGAUACCGAAACUACCGAAGUUAACACUAUAUCGACCGACUCKGCGGGAGCCGCUGCUGCAACAGCGGCUGCUACUGCCACCGCAACGACUCCCACUUAAAAAUUUCUARAAAAACACAAGUUCUGUACAUGUAGCAUCUGUUUACWACCAUUUACUGUAGAGAGUGAAAUUAAUUGACACGACCUUU